AUGGCAGACCUUCAUCCCUCCGGCACGGGGAACGCAUCCUCCACCAGCUCCGAGACCUCGAACCAACGUUUCACACCGGUUUCCUACGGCUCCGACGAUGGCUCUGCUGAGCCCGGGCCCACGAUGUCAUCCAUGGGCCCAUUGCGCUUGCAGACCAACUUCGACGACCACGCGGAUGUCGGCGAUCCUUUAUCCGACUAUGAGAACGACGCGGAAUAUAACCGCAGGGAUAAUCUUGAGGGAAAACCGCCGCGUGGCGGUUCGGCCCCGCGAUAUACAUCAGAGGAGGAAAGCGAGGUCGUUAGGAGAUUUGACCGACGGUUGGUUCCAUUCCUGGCACUCCUCUACUUGCUCUCCUUCCUGGACCGCUCGAACAUUGGAAAUGCGAAAAUAGCAGGCCUCCAAGACGAUCUACAACUUACAUCUUCACAAUAUGAAUGGCUACUUACUGCUUUUUACAUUACUUACAUUCUCUUCGAAUGGAUGACCUUGAUGUACCGUCUUGUCCCUCCGCAUAUCUACAUCUCCCUGUGUGUAUGUGGAUGGGGACUUGUUGCGUCGUUCCAGUGUCUGGCAACUUCCUUUGGGGGGUUGGUUGUUCUCAGAGCGCUGCUCGGAAUCACUGAGGCGGCCUUUGGCCCUGGUGUUCCGUUUUAUUUGUCGUUAUUCUAUCGACGCCAUGAGCUAGCUUUCCGCAAUGGAUUGUUUAUCUCGGCGGCGCCGCUCGCUACUUCCUUUGCUAGCAGUCUGGCCUAUUUGAUUGUCAAGUUUAGCAGCGACGGCCCGAUCUCGCCUUGGCGCACCCUGUUUCUCAUUGAGGGCUUCCCGAGUGUGAUUGUUGCAGUGUUCGCUUGGUUCUUGAUCCCGGAUUCCCCUGGUCGCGCUAGAUUUCUGAGCCGCCGGCAAAGGGUGGUCGCUCAGCAGCGUCUUGAGGAGAAUACAGUCGACUAUCAGCAAUCCUAUGGAAGCCGGUUCAACUGGCGAGAGAUUUUGAAAACUGCGGCGGACCCCAAGGCAUAUAUCGCCGCUUUCAUGUUUUUCAGUUGCAACGUUGCUUUCAGCUCGAUGCCUGUCUUCUUGCCCACAAUCAUCAAAGACAUGGGCUAUACCUCCCUACAAGCUCAAGCCCUCUCAGCACCCCCCUACCUCGUCGCAUUCGUCGUAGUCCUACUCACCGCCUACGCCUCAGACCGCAGCCGCUCCCGAAGCCCCUACCUCAUAGCGCACGCGCUCAUUUCCUCACUCUCAUACCUCGCAAUCGCAGCAACAGGAUAUUUCCACACCCACCUACCACCAUGGCUAAGCACCUUCAUCCGUUACAUCUCUGUCUACCCGGCUGUGGCCGGGUUCUUCUCUGCGAUCACGCUGAUCAUCACGUGGUCGAUGGACAAUCGGGUGGAGAAGGAAGGCAAGGGGGCGAGCAUUGCCAUUCUCAACAUCAUUGGCCAGUGUGGCCCCCUGCUCGGCACGAGACUGUAUCCCGAUACUGACGGGCCGUGGUAUGUUCGUGGCAUGGCCACGUGCUCGUUUUUCAUGAUUGUCGUUGCGGGGUUGGCUGUGGGCUUGCGGAUUCUGCUGCAGAGGAUGAACCGUGCUGUUGUUGAUAGUACUUAUACGAUCGUGCAGGCUGGUCCUGUUUAUCGCGGGGAAGAGCGGGAUGGGCUUAUGGGUGGUGGCAGGAGGGAGGAUUUGGAGCAUUCUACUGGUGAUAGAAGGCUUGUGUAUAUCCUAUAG